UGGGAUAAUUUAGAACUUUGGGAUGUUGGUGGUGAGUGAGUGGGCGCGUGUGAGACCAUAAAAGAGGUGAGCAACAGGCCAUUUCCUCCAGAUCGCCGUCGUCAAAGACCAACCAACCUCCACCACCCCGAGACCGUAAGAGAACACAAAGCAUAAACCAAGCACAUACAUUUUUUAUCUUUCAAUAUUUCAAUCUAAAAAAUAUAUAAUUACGUUUCACUCUCAGAAAGAGUAAGAUAAUUUGCAAGUCAAGUGUCAAAUCAAGCCGUUAAUUGUUGAUUUGUAGUAUUGUGGCAAAAGUAUUCAUUUCCAACAAAGCAAUUCAGACAUAUCAGAAUCGCCCCCAAAAUCACAUUGGCAUAUGCACUCCUGGUAAAUUUUAGUUUACAUAGGAUCAGAUUUCGAGAUACAAGAGUAAUCUUAUACAUAAAUUGAAAAAAUAACAAAAUACACACACAGAGAAAUCUUCGUCAUUCCUCUCAAUCCAUUGCAUAACCGAAAUCUCGAUACAAAUUUUAAAUUCGAAACAAAUCUCCGUGUCUGAGCACUACGGAGAAAUAAAGAGGUUUUCGAAUUAAUAAUACCUAAAUUCUAUUUUCGCCUAAAUCACAAUUUCUCCUUCUGAAAAUAAUCAAGUGUCAAAAGCCCAACAUUUAUCCUCUCACUUUUCUUCCCUCUGUAUAACAAUAUCUGGAGCAAAAAUCGAUCCCUUUCUCAACAGAACAAGAGAGUAAGUUGAGACGAUGAUGAAGGGGAACGACAGCAUCGGUAUCGCAGUCUCCUUCCUGUCCCUGCUUCAUGCCUUGAUGGUACCCUUGGUCUUGGGUGCAGCAAUUGGGAGUGGGCCCCCUCACCACCAGCAACAUGUCGCCGUCGUAGACCACCAGACUCAAGUCCAACCCAGUUCUGUGGUGGAGGAGAUGCGAAUGGGGGUGGCUGUCGACCAAGUUGGUGGCGGCGCUCCUUUCCUGCAUCAUCCUACAACGCUGGGUGUUCGUCAUGUCCGCUCCGUGGACCAUCUGCAGCAGCAGCCGAACGAGGAGUCCCCAGAAGACAUGAACACCAACAACAACAUCAUUCAAUCAAAUUCGGAGAGCGAAGAAGAUGAGCCCGAAGCGGUCCAUAAAGCCCAAAAGUCAUUCGUCUCCACUCCUGACAUCCCGUUUCCAGUUUCCCAGCAGCAUAGAUUCCGUAUGCAAACUGCUCCUCGAGGACCUGCACUACACAAAUGGCUGUUCCGUGGGAUUGGUCAGUCCCCGUUUCCUCGAGGAUUGAGACGAGAUAGUCAUUUUAUUCGGUUUGGACGGAAUUCAAACAUGGAUUUUGAUAGCUUCAAUUUGGCCACGGCCAACAAUAAUGGCAACAAGAAGAACAAUUUCAUUCGAUUAGGUCGUGAAAAUCCGAGACGGAACAACUUUAUUCGACUCGGGAGGAGCGGUCUUUGGGCGAAUAAUGAAAGGUUUGGGUCAAAAAUCGGAUACUUUCCAGAUUAUUACUCACAGCUCUUUGGGGGAAAUCCAAACAUUUGGGACUUUGCUGCACAGCAACCAAUUCCCUUCGACCCCAGUGAUGUUUUGCAAGGCUGAGCAUUUCUCCACCACCACCACCGCCGCUGACGUUAUCUUAAACCACUGAAGGAACACCCACCGUAAACUCACCAACCCUUCAUUUCCUUCCUUUUCCUUCCCUACGGCACCAGAAAUAUCUAUCAAAAUAUAUGUACAUCAAGCAAAAAAACACAUGCGUACCUAGUACCUAUCUAUCUAUUUACCUCUGUCAAUUGUAUAAUACCACACUUAUUUAUGUCUAUAUAAAGCCUAUAUUCCGGAACAUGAUAGGAUUUUUAAUUUUAUUAUUAUGCAGUUAAAAUAAUCUAGUUGACAUAUAAUGUUCUUAUCUAUAGUGCUGAACACUCCAUCCUUCACUUGUCUCACCUUGCCUCAUCACACUACACAUAUUUAUCAUAGGAAGAACUUGCUUUCGUACAAUUCAGAGUUAGAAAAAGUUCGUAAAACAGAGACAGUUUUAAAUCCUGAAGUGGUCAAUAUCAAUUUUUCACCACAAAUAGCAUUUUGCACCGCUAACUUUUUCAACAAUUGCUUGACUCCACAUACCAAAUAAGUAAUUUGUUUCAUACACGUAGCAUGCAUGCAAUCAUUUUAAUUAAGGUUUUAAAAAGCACUUUAAACAUAAGCAAGAAGUUACUUCUUCCCUCAAAUUAUGUAAGUUGGAAUAAAAUACAGCUAAAUAAUUAUCCUGAAUACGUUACUAGUAUAUGUUGUACACGGCAUGACUGAUUUGCAUGGCUGUGUAUGUCGUAUAAUGUAUGUGAACCAUCAAAAACCCAAUUACUUUAUUUAAAACUUUGUUUAUUCAACUGCUAUUUAAGCCCAAUACUAGAGGAAACGAGAUGGCCUUUUUGCAGGGAUGUGGCUGGCAUUCACCUACAAAAUAUCCAUCGAAUUAGAAAAUUACUUAUGUAUGUAUGUAUGAAACUCUUCUGUAUUUUACUGUUGAAACUGUUGUUGUACGGUUAAUUGUAUAAUGUAUUCUUCCAGUGUCCAUGAAACAAACGAACAUGAACUAACUAUGUCAACUACAUGUAUGUACAUACAUGCAAUAUGUCGUAUCGUGUAAUAAUAGUGAUCACUGUGUAUCUAUAUGUGUACACCACUUUCUCAAUCAAAUGAACUAAAACUCUCAUGUUUUUUAUUCAUGGAUAAUGGAUCGGAUCUCGUCAACUUUCAUGUCGUUACUUCUUCUAGAGAACAGAACAGAACAUAGAACACAAGCGGAUGAAUAGAGAGAAAAUUGCUUACUUAUUGGGUUCCUUUUUCCAUCGUGUGAUUUUAUUAUUCAGAGAAACAGAUAUUAAAUGUUGUAAUACUGUCAAGUCAAAAUGAGAUUUAGUCAUAUUAAUAACAUUGAAUAUGAACAUUUCAAUAUAGUAAUUAGAAAACACUCGGAAGAGUUAAGUCUUAAAAAUACGGCAUUAGCUUACAACUUGAAAAAAUGUUAUUCUCUGUAGUAUAAUUGAUUAUUGGUAAAAUUAAAAUAAUUGUGAAAAAUGUAAAGCUAGUAAUUUAUUUGUUGAGGUGUUAAGUUUCGGUAGUCAUUGUGUAAAACUGUAGUGAUUAGAAGAUAUAUAAACAUGAUUAAUUAAUUAAAUUGUUAACUGACAUCAUAUAAAAAAUAUCCUAUAUCAUAGAAAAAACUAAAAGUUGCAUCGCUUGUUUAUUGGGAUGUCAUUAUGAUGCAUAUGAAUAAUAAGCAUAGUUAGUAGUGAAUAAAACUAUCUGAAAUAUGGUAGUAUUAUAUAGUUGAUUAUAUUCUUUUGAGUUUUUGUCUACAAUUCUUUAAUUGUAUUGAGUAAAAAUAUUAAUUUACUUCAAUCUUCAAUUACUUAUUUGUCAGCAAAAUUUGCAAUCUGAAACUUGUAAAAAUAUAAAAAUGGAAAUCAGAAAAAUGUAUUAACAUACAAGGAAUCUAUUAGCUAAAAAUUUUUCAGUUUAACAAAUUUUGUGAUUGGAAUAAAAUGUAAUUUUCCUAUUA